GUGUGGUUUUGAAAACAGAAUUACUUUCAGUUACCAGUUCCAGAUUUCUUUUAAACAACUGUACAAAAAGUGAGAGGAUAUUUAGAAUCAGUACACACAAGUCCCACAGCCAAGUGCCUUCAAAACAAUCAACUUGUUGUCUCAUCACAAGUGCUUCUCUAGACUUGUAACAAUGUGUGACAUGCUGACAGACAGGCCUUCAGUCUCCAUAUAUCCUCAGAUUAUGAUAGGAUUGGUAAUCUAUGCUAAAUUAAAGUACUUAGCAAGUUUUAUCUAUAUACAAAUACAACUCCAUCUCUUUACAGUCUCUACAGUGUGUGUGAUUUAGACUGAUGUGUGUUUUUCUGUAUUCUGAACAGUCUCCUCCCCCUUCACCCUCCUCCACACUGAGACAGCCUCUUUUUGAUGACAACACAGCCAAGGCAGGGCCCGCCUCUAUGGUUUAUUUGCACAAUAUACAUCACUUCCUACAGUAGGAGGCUACCGUCACCAAAGUAUUGUACUGCUUUUAGUAAACUAAGGAGGGAAGCUGAUACUCAACAGGGCUGCUGUAUCCAAUUCAUGGCUUUGUCUCCUAAUGGUGUAGACCAGGAACCUGCAAGCAGGAGGCUCUACUCGAGGAUGGAAGCCUCUUGUCUGGAGCUCGCUCUGGAGGGGGAGCGCCUGUGUAAGGGUGGAGACUUCAAAGGCGGGGCGGCCUUCUUCGAAGCGGCAGUGCAGGUGGGCACUGAGGACCUGAAGACCCUGAGUGCCAUUUACAGCCAGCUGGGCAAUGCUUACUUCUACCUCAAAGAGUAUGCCAAGGCGCUUGAGUACCAUCGGCAUGACCUCACGCUUGCCAGGACGAUUGGUGACCGGGUCGGUGAGGGAAAGGCCAGCGGUAACCUAGGGAACACUCUGAAAGUUCUGGGACGUUUUGACGAGGCGGCCGUGUGCAGCCAGAGACACCUGGACAUCGCCCGCGAGCAGCAGGACAAGGUGGGGGAGGCCAGGGCGCUGUAUAACAGCGGGAAUGUCUUCCAUGCCAAGGGGAAGCAACAGUCAUGGAACUUUUCUCAGGACCCUGGGGACCUGCCUCCGGACGUGCGUGAGACCCUGCAGAAAGCCACUGAUUUCUACGAGAUGAACCUGUCCUUGGUGAAGGAGCUGGGGGAUCGUGCAGCACAAGGGCGAGUCUUUGGGAACCUGGGCAACACCCACUAUCUGCUGGGAAACUUUGUAGGGGCCAUCAACUUCCACAAAGAGCGGCUCGCAAUAGCAAAGGAGUUUGGUGAUAAAGCAGCAGAACGCAGAGCUUACAGUAACCUGGGCAACGCUCAUAUAUUCCUGGGUCAGUUCAGCAUUGCCACUGAGUACUACAGGAAGACGCUGCAUCUCUCCCGGCAGCUGAAGGACCAGGUGAUGGAGGCCCAGGCCUGCUACAGCCUGGGGAACACCUUCACACUGCUGCAGGAGUAUGAGAGAGCCAUCGAAUACCACCUCAAACACCUGCUCAUCGCCCAGGAGCUCGGAGACAGGGUCGGUGAGGGUCGGGCGUGCUGGAGUCUGGGAAAUGCCUACGUCUCACUGGGAAACCAUCGGCAAGCUCUUCACUUCGCCAGCAAGCACCUAGAGAUCUCUCGGGAGAUUGGGGAUUGUAACGGGGAACUGACUGCACGGAUGAAUGUGGAGCAGUUGAUGACUGCCCUUGGAAUGGAAGAGGACCUGUCACCCUGUGGAUCAGAGUUUGAGGCUCAAGGAGCCAGGCCUAAACUUGUUAAGAGAAACAGCAUCGACAGCUUAGAUCUGUGGAAAUACUCAUCGGAAAAGGAUCAGAACGGAGAUAGUCAUCAAAUGAACGAGUCACAGGCCAGAGCCAGGAGUCACCUGAGUGGGCCAAUCAGAAGCGAGAGAGACACCCAAGGAGGGGAGAGCAGAUGGCUGGAUCGCAGAGCAUCACCAGUGGACAACAAUGACAUCAGAGUGCAGGUGGCACAGUCUAAGAUCAGUCAUCACCCUUCGGAUGAAGAAUGCUUUUUUGACCUGCUCAGUAAGUUCCAAAGUAACCGCAUGGAUGACCAGCGCUGCCCGUUGGAUGAACAGCAAAAUGGAGUGGAAGGGGCUUCCUCCACCCUUGCCUCCUCGCUGGACGACAGGAUCGCCCCCUCUUCCUUAAUGACCUCGCCCCAGACGGAGGAGUUUUUCGAUCUCAUUGCGAGUUCUCAGAGCCGGCGUUUAGAUGACCAGCGUGCCAGCAUUAACAACUUGCCAGGACUGCGGAUAACUCAGAACAACCUGGGGCACCUCUGCGCUGCCACCGAGCCCCAGGAGCCCAGCGACGACUUCUUCAACAUGCUCAUGAAGUGCCAGGCUUCCAGGAUUGAUGACCAGCGCUGUUCCCCACCUGAUCCAGGACCCAGAGCUCCCACUGUCCCAGAUGAAGAUUUCUUCAGCUUGAUCCAACGGGUCCAGGCCAAGCGACUGGAUGAGCAGCGAGUCCACCUUUCUUCAGACGACCAGGAUGAGACUCAAGAGCAGCACCCAUCUCCUCCGUCACCUCCACCCAGCUAAGACUGCCCCAGGACCAACACCCUCUAAUCCUGCUGGAGCCCCACAGCAGUUACACUGAGGACUUCCCCACCCAGCUACAGUCACCGCAGCCUCAUAACUACGUGGACUAAAUCUACUUCUGCAGAAACCAGCAUUUGGCACCAGCACAACGGAAUUACACUGACUGGAUCUACUGCCAGACAUAUGCAUUUCAUCCAUAUAGAGCCACGUUGACCAGUUUAUUAACGCCUGCUUGGGGCUGUCUGUUGUGGAAAUUAUAUGGGAGUCAGUUUGAUCUCCAGCUUUUAAUAUGAGAAGUUCUUCAGAGUUAAACCAAGAUGGGAAAAUAUACAGGAUGGAUGUUCAUGUUAAUAUAGUUUGAAAAUGUCACAACCAAGUUAACCCUGCUGGACAUUCCAGUAACUGCUGGUUGCUGCUUGUGGUCACCAAAAGUUGGGUCCUGGAACACACAUUUACUGGUUUCUUGGUGAUUGCAGAGGGCAAAGUUGAAGCAGCAAGGUUUAUUGUAGACAGCAAUCAGAUGACUGUAUAAUUUUACUGUGAAAGUGCUUUUAAUUUUACUUGCUUUUCUUAAAUCAGUAUACCAGCCUAAUUGCAUGAAGAUCAAAAACUACCAGCUCAGCAGAUGACAUGGGUUUAUAAACCAUCACAAAAUUAAAAGGUAUUCUAAGCUGUCUAGAUGGGAAACAUCUUCCUACAGACCACAGUAUGUUAAUUAGGAACGCCAUGGAAAGAAUGUUAAUUUUUCAAGUAAAUUACAGAACUUAGUAUUCAUUUAAAGAAGAACUAUACAUGAAGAUAUAUUCCGGUCUUCAAAUAGAAGUAUUUUAAGGAAACAUACCUUCUCCCCAGAGCUAGCCUUAGUGCCUUCCAGGUUUUUUUUUUUACCCACCCACAUAGGGACUAUUCCCUGAGUCUUAAGAAAUAAGAUGAAGUCCUGAGCCCAGAGGACCGACUUAAAGCAUUUAUGCUCAGAAUUUAUAUCAUAGACACCUACAUCUGAUGUGGGCUAGAACAAUACCUGUAAACCUUAAGUGUUAGCCAUUAUUAUACAUGUUUAUGGUACUAAUUACAUGAUCAGGAGAAUUUGGAAUUUGCCCGGGGGCACGACUUUGAGGACCACUGCUUUAGAGCCAGGAGCAGGUUGCACAGAGCAGGAUCCUCGUGCAUCCUUUAGAGCCAGGAGCAGGCUGCACAGAGCAGGAGCCUCAUGCAUCUUUUAGAGCCAGGAGCACACUGCACAGAGCAAGAUCCUCAUGCAUUCCUUUAGAGCCAGAAGCAGGGUGCACAGAACAGGAGCCUCAUGAAUCCUUUAGAGCCAGGAGCAGGCUGCACAGAGCAGGAGCCUCAUGCAUCCUUUAGAGCCAGGAGCACACUGCACAGAGCAAGAUCCUCAUGCAUUCCUUUAGAGCCAGAAGCAGGCUGCACAGAGCAGGAUCCUCAUGUAUCCUUCAGAGCCAGGAGCAGGCUACACAGAGCAGGAUCCUCAUGCAUCCUUUAGAGCCAGGUGCAGGCUGCACAGAGUAGAAGCCUCAUGCAUUCCUUUAGAUCCAGAAGCAGGCUGCACAGAGCAUACCCUCAUGCAUCCCUUUAGAGACAGGAGCAGGCUGCAUAGAGGAGGAUCCUCAUGCAUCCUUUAGAGCCAGAAGCAGGCUGCACAGAGUAGAAGCCUCAUGCAUCCCUUUAGAGCCAGGAGCAGGCUGCACAAAGUAGGAUUCUCAUGCAUCCUUUAGAGCCAGGAGCAGGCUGCACAGAGCUGGAGCCUCAUGCAUCUUUUAAUCUGAAAGUAGUUCCGAUCAGCGUUCCCUCUAAGCUUUUUAGAUAUUGAGAAACUUGUCGUUUUGACUGAGAAAGAGUAAAGUAUCAAUGAGAAACCAUCGGCCCUUUUAAUAUAUUUUUGUUGCAUUAUACAACUUUGAAAUAAUAUUUCAAGUAUACAAGUAUUUAAACAAUUUUAC